GCUCUGUGCUUUAAUGCCGCCAACCAACAGGCGGCAGAAGAGAAAAUGCUGAAACUUUACAGCGCUGUGCUUGCCUGACCAGAUCUAACACUUACGUUGUUACGAUGUGUAAGACAACAAGAACUGACUUGAGUUUUAUGUUUUUCCUUCUGAUAUUUCUUUAUUCAUGGUUUCCAGUAACUCAAGGGUCUGUUCAAAAGGUGUGCAGUCGGUGUGGGGGCGGGCUGCGAAACAGCAGUGCAGUGGGGGAGUUCUGCAAGUUCAACUCCAGCUUUGUGUUGGAGGGUCGCUGCUGUCUGCAGAGACACGGAGAGCAGGAGCUGAUUGUCGGGUUAGACCUAUGGAACUGCUCACUAACACAAGUUGAUGAAUACCUGGAUCAAGCUUUCACUGCUGUGAUAAUAGAUCUCUCAGAUAAUCCAGUGACGAACAUGUCUGAAUCAGCAUUUCAAGGUUUCAUUAGUUUGCAGUACCUAGCUUUGCCACAAUUACUGGAAUGUCCUGGGGGAAACACGUCCUGGGAGCAUGUGGACAUUUUCAAGAGUGAGAGGAUAUGUAAAGGGCAGAAAGAUGCCUGCAAUGCAACUGGGGACAUGUCCUGGCUGUGUCCAGAAAAUUCCCUCUGCCAACCAGACGGCCCUGGUAUGUUUCAGUGCGCUUGUGCAAGCAGUUACUAUGGCUACAAGUGUCUCAAAGAGGGAGCCUUCCCUAUGCUGGAGUUCUUUGGGAUUCUUGGACCACUGACGGUUCUUACUUCUGCCUUGCUGUGGUUCUCUCAGCGUCGCAAGGCAAAAUCGUCCUGACUAACACUUUAUCAGCACAAAGAUUCAUUCAGAGAGAAGAUUGAGCUCAAAGCCACUGCUACACCCACUCAAUACUGACAAUUUGAAAAAAGGUGGGUGUUGAGCGGGUGGUUUACGUAGGAUUUUUGUAUGAUAGUCAAAAUAAGGUAUUCUGUAAUACUAAAAGACAUUUUGAAAUAUUAGAAAAAGAUUUUGACCAGAAGUGUCAAUGUCUUUCAAGUAUUUCUGAGGUCUUAUCUGUAAUAUUUUAGUUUAUUCACUUAUUGUGAGCCACACUUACAGUAUGGAAACAAUUAAACUUUUUAAGUAUGUUUUUACUGACAGCAUUUUGUGGAAUAAGUUAGUUGUACAACCAAUGUUUUAAAAAUACAGGUCACUAUCACUUCAGGUAGAAUUAAUUACUGGUACUUUUAAUUUUGAGCUCAGCUAGAAUGCACAUGAGCUCUGCAGCACUGUGAAAAUGAUUAAGGUGAACCGGACCUCAAUUUUGCAAGGUAAUGAUCUCAGUAAGUGCAACAUUGCAAUCAAACUAAACAUUUAUAUAAUCAUGUGUCGGGCACUGUAAAAAAUAAUGUGUAAAGAUUAUUUUAUUAUUUUAUCUUGGGUCAGUAAUGCACAGCCCAUUAAUUUAUUUCAGUUUAGAAAAAAAUAUAAUUGCAUGCUUUAAAUACUUAAAUAAUUGUUGAAAGAAUAAAUGAGUUUCAACCUCAUGUAUUUACAUGUCUUGCUUCUCUGGAAGCUGUUUCUACUGCCUUUUGGGGACUAUAUCCAGAAAUAGGAUAUGAUUGAAUUAGGAUUGAAUCAUUUUACAGAAUUGAAUCACUGAGGUGUGUACACACUUCAGAGGGCUAAGAAACUAGAUUCAUAAACAAAAUAAUGGUGAUUGUAGUUUUAUGGUAGAAUUUGUGGUCACACACAUCUUCUGCUGUGUUCAUAAGUAGGCAUUUAUUCAAGUAAAUUAUAUUCAGUAUUUAAAUGAUAAAAUCAAUUGAGCUUCAAUGAUAGUGGAGCAGAAAACAGGAUAGGUAGUUUUUGGCCUGUUAUUUAUUAGAAAAUAUUUUUUCUUACGUUUACACAAGCAAUUGUAUAGGUAUUGCUUUAUUACUUUGAUUUAGUCUUUGGUUAUGAGUUUCUUUGCACUCUUGUUGUAUCUGGAAGCUGUACUUGCAGCCUCUAUUUCUGUAAAUGUCUUCCAUGCGGGGAUUUAAAUAACUGAUAUGUUUAAUGCACAUUUGCUUGCAUUAAGCAAAUUAUUUAAUAUGAUUUUUUUAAAUAAAAAUAUAAUCAUUAACUAUU